CAAAACUAUUGAAAAUUGUUUCCAGCCCGCAAAAUGUUGACGACUAAUGCUUCAUCUAAGAUUUUUAGCAAGGCAAGCACUGCAGAACUAGUUGGUCAUACUAGAAAGGUCCACUGUCUUUCUUGGAAUCCUAAGGGAGGCCUACUGGGCUCUGGUGGAGUUGAUUGUGUUGCUAGAAUUUGGGACGUCGAAAAGCUGCAGCAAAAAGCAGAGCUUGAAGGGCAUACAAGCUCGAUUGAACAACUCAAGUGGGAUCCUACCGCAAAUGUCUUUUUUGUGUCAGCAUCCUUGGAUCAUAAAGUACUUUUCUGGGAUUUGAGAGCGAGGAACAGUGAGCCGGUAGCUUCUGUGGAAACGCAAGGAGAAAAUAUCAAUUUGGCGUGGUCCCAGGACGGAGUGUAUUGUGCUGUUGGUGACAAGGACGACAAUUUGAGUUUCAUAGAUGUUCGCAAAUUUGAUUUUUUUGAGCGUUUUCAGUUCGCUGAAGAAGUGAACGAGUUCAAGUGGAGUCCUUCAGGUCCUUUCUUUUUCAUGACUCUGGGUAAAGAAGUUUUGGUUUUUCGUUGGCCGACAAUGGAGCAACAACUGCGAUUGCAAGUUCAUGCGGACCGUUGUUAUUGUCUUGAGUUUGAUCGCAGUGGACGUUAUUUCGCUUUGGGAGGGGCAGAUUCCAUUAUUAGUUUAUGGGAAACAGAAUAUAUGCUUUGUACUUGGACGGUCGAUCGUCUUGAAUAUCCAAUUAGAACAAUAAGCUUCUCUCAUGAUGGUCAGUUUAUUGCCGCAGGUUCGGAAGAUAGUGUAAUUGAUAUUUCAGAUAUUCUGAAUGGUCGACAAACAUAUGCACUUGGAGUCAAAGGAGCAACGAAUGUGGUUGCGUGGCACCCUUCAAGACAUCUCUUAGCAUAUGCUACUGAGGAAGAAUAUUCACGCGAUGGCGUCGCUAUACACCUUUACGGCACAAUUUCCAAAGACAAUAUUUGACAAGUCAUUUUAAGUAACCGGUUACUUAUUCAUGUUGGCAGGUUGGUUGCUAGCAAGCACACCACUGUUUCAUUGCAUUAUAAGGCUAAGUGCUAUUGUCUGAAGUUUGCCAAGAGUAUGACUUGUGCUUGGGUACGAAAGUAAAACCUUGAGGAACAGU